AUGGGAAUCCGGUUCCGGCACGCACGCGCGGACGGACGCGCCCCGCAGCGCAUCUCUCCCCGCGCAGCGCGAUGGCUGCUGCUGCUGCUGCUUCGCCCGCGCCAGCUCCGUCCUCCGCGGCGGCGGUCUUCGCCGUCAACGGCGAGCGCGUGGAGCUCCGCGAGGGGGACGUGGACCCCGGCGCCACCCUCCUCGAGUUCCUCCGCACGCGCACCCGCUUCACCGGCCCCAAGCUCGGCUGCGGCGAAGGCGGGUGCGGCGCGUGCGUGGUGCUCCUCUCCACCUACGACGCGGCGUCGGGCGCGGUGUCGCACGCCGCGGCGAGCUCAUGCCUGACGCUGUUGCACGGGCUCCACCACCGCGCGGUCACCACCACCGAGGGGCUCGGCCGUGGCCGCGGCCGGGCGGGGCUCCACGCCGUGCACGAGCGCCUCGCGGGGUUCCACGCCACACAGUGCGGCUUCUGCACGCCCGGGGUGUGCAUGUCCCUCGCCGCCGCGCUCGCGGGCGCCGAGGCCAAGGGCGUGGGGAGGCCGGCCCCGCCCGAGGGGUCUGCCAGGCUCACGGCGGCCGAGGCGGAGCGGGCGGUUGCGGGCAACCUCUGCCGCUGCACGGGGUACCGCCCGAUCGCAGAUGCCUGCAAGAGCUUCGCGGCCGACGUGGAUUUGGAGGACCUGGGCCUCAACACCUUCUGGAGGAAGGGGGACGCCCAUGCUUCCAAGCUGCCGCGGUACGAUGAGGGGGCUAUCGGUGUCUUCCCGGAGUUCCUCAAGGCUGAGAUCAGAGCUUCUUCUGGGAUUGGAGGGUGCACGCCGGCAUUGGUCGAAAGUGGCAGCACUUGGCACCGGCCUCGGAGUGUGGAGGAGUACUAUAAUAUGGUAGGUUCUGAGUUGUUUGGCAAAAGUAGAACAAAGGUGAUUGUGGGCAACACUGCUUCAGGCGUUUACAGAGAAGCAGAGGUGUAUGAUAGGUACAUUGACCUGAGAUGCAUCCGGGAACUGAAUUCAGUUAGUAAGGAAGCCAAGGGUAUUGAAAUCGGAGCUGCUGUAUCGAUUUCCAAAGCAAUUGAGGCUUUAAGAGAAGCUGGUGGCUGCAAUGAUGUGAUCUUUUGUAAGAUUGCUGAUCACAUGGAAAAGGUGGCUUCUCCAUUUGUCAGGAACACAGCGAGCUUGGGUGGAAAUCUGAUAAUGGCACAGAGGGACCAGUUUGCCUCUGACAUGGCAACGAUCCUUCUUGCUGCCGGUUCAUCGGUAUGCAUCCAGGUAUCAUCGAAAAGGCUGACUGUCACAUUGGAGGAAUUCCUGCAGAUGCCACCUUGUGAUUACAAGACACUGCUAUUAAGCAUUUACAUUCCUCAUUGGACUCCCGCUGGUGCUUUAUCUGAUGAUAGAACCAUGGAUAAGGCAGUAAGUACAAGAGGAACCUCUGUGCUAUUUGAGACAUACCGAGCUUCUCCACGUCCUCUUGGCAAUGCAGUUGCAUAUCUAAAUGCUGCUUUCUUGGCUCAAGUUUCUUCAGAUGGAACUUCAAGCAGCUUAAUAUUGAGAGAGCUAUGUCUGGCUUUUGGUGCAUAUGGAACCCAGCAUGCCAUCAGGGCUAGCAAUGUUGAGAAACUGUUAGUGGGUAAACCCAUUACUGCAUCAGUACUGCUUGAAGCAUGUACACUUCUCAAGAAAACAAUUGUUCCUAAAGAAGGCACAAGACAUGCUGCGUAUAGAUCAAGCUUGGCAGUUGCAUUUCUGUUUAGUUUUCUUUACCCAGUAAACAAAGACACUUUGAAGCCUGUAAAGGCAGUUCAUCUUAAUUGCUCCGUACCUUCUGGCACCAAUGGAAAUCCAAAUUGUGGACCUGAUGCGCAUGUUGAUGCUUCUCUGAAGAUAAAUAAUAUGAAAUCGGGUUCAUAUAGCAAUGAUCGCAUACUUGAAUAUUCAAAUCAGAUUAUUGAAAUCAAUAAAGACUAUCUCCCAGUUGGCAUACCAGCCAAGAAAGUUGGAGCAGAACUCCAAGCCUCCGGUGAGGCUGUAUUUGUGGAUGACAUCCCUUCUCCCAAGGACUGUCUUUAUGGAGCAUUUGUAUAUAGCACAAAACCUUUAGCCUAUGUGAGGAGCAUAGAACUCGAUCCUUCUCUCAAGCAGCUUAAUACAUUGGGAGUUGUCACUGUUAAAGAUAUCCCAGAAAGUGGCGGCAAUGUUGGAGCCAGCACUAUAUUUGGACCUGAACCCCUAUUUGGUGAUCCAGUAACUCAGUGUGCUGGGGAACCUCUUGCUAUUGUGAUUGCAGAAACACAAAGAUUUGCCAACAUAGCUGCUAAACGAGCUGUUGUUGACUACAGUACUGAGAACUUAGAUGCUCCAAUUUUAUCGAUAGAGGAUGCUGUAAGAAGAUGCAGUUAUUUUGAAACCCCACCUUUUCUUCUUCCCCAAAAGAUUGGUGAUUUCUCAAAAGGAAUGGCAGAAGCAGAUCAGAAAAUCUACUCAGCUGAGGUGAAGCUUAAUUCUCAGUACUACUUUUACAUGGAAACACAAACUGCUCUGGCCAUACCUGAUGAGGAUAACUGCAUGGUAGUGUAUAGCUCAAGCCAAUGCCCUGAGACAACACAAAAUGUCAUUGCAAAGUGCCUUGGUUUACCUUUUCACAAUGUUCGUGUUAUUACUCGAAGAGUUGGUGGUGGAUUUGGAGGAAAAGCUGUUAGAUCAUUGCCUGUGGCAACUGCUUGUGCACUUGCAGCAUUUAAGUUGCGUCGUCCUGUUCGAAUGUAUUUGGACCGCAAGACUGACAUGAUAGUGAGUGGAGGUCGGCAUCCCAUGAAAAUAUGCUAUUCAGUGGGAUUCAAGUCAGAUGGAAAGAUCACUGCUUUGCAUAUAGAUUUGUUCAUAAAUGCAGGAAUGACAAAAGAUGUUAGCCUGAUCAUUCCUCACAAUUUCAUUGAGGCACUGAAGAAAUAUAAUUGGGGUGCCUUUUCUUAUGAAGCAAAGGUCUGUAAAACAAACACAGCAACGAAGUCUGCAAUGCGGGGGCCUGGGGAAGUACAAGGCUCUUAUGUUGCUGAAGCUAUAGUUGAGCAUGUUGCUUCUGCACUCUCCACUGAUGCUAAUUUGGUUAGGCAUAGAAAUCUACACACAGUUGAGAGCCUUUCUUUGUUUCACAGUGAGUGCAGUGAAGAUGGCAUGGGUUAUACGCUUCCCUCUAUAUGUGGUCAAUUGACUGCUUCAGAAAACUACCAGCACCAUCUUGAAAUAGUCCAGUCUUUCAACAGAAAUAACAGAUGGAAAAAGCGAGGUCUUGCUUUUGUGCCAAUUGUACACAAAGUAUUAUCUCGACCGACACCUGGAAAAGUGUCUAUCCUUAAUGAUGGGUCUAUUGCUGUUGAAGUUGGAGGCAUUGAGUUAGGCCAGGGGCUUUGGACAAAAGUGAAGCAGAUGGCAGCGUUUGGUCUUGGACAACUGUGGACUGAUGGAAGUCAAGAGUUUUUUGACAGAAUCAGAAUUAUUCAAGCGGAUACAUUGAGUAAUGUACAGGGAGGGUGGACCACAGGGAGUACGACAUCAGAAUCUAGCUGUGAAGCAGUUCGUCUUGCCUGCAAUAUCUUGGUUGACAGGCUGAAACCAGUCAAGGAGCAAUUUCAAGAAAAGCAAAGCAGCCUUUCAUGGGAUGAACUUAUUUCCAAGGCAAAAAUGGUUGGUGUGGACUUAUCAGCACGAGAAUACUACAUUCCUGGGGCUUCUGGUUCUUAUCUAAACUAUGGAGCUGCUGCUAGUGAGGUUGAGAUUGAUCUUCUGACUGGGGCCACCACUAUUUUGCGAAGUGAUCUUAUAUAUGACUGCGGCCAGAGCUUAAACCCUGCCGUGGACUUGGGGCAGGUUGAAGGGGCAUUUGUUCAAGGAAUUGGCUAUUUCAUGAGCGAGGAAUAUGUCACCAACUCAGACGGAUUGGUUAUCUCAGACGGGACAUGGACAUACAAGAUCCCAACUGUGGACACUAUCCCAAAACAGUUCAAUGUUAAGCUGAUUAACAGUGGAUUCCACAAGAAACGGGUGCUCUCUUCAAAAGGUUCAAAACAAAUUGGCAAAUUUCUUUAGAUAUCAUGUGUUGUAUUUAUCGGUAGAGAAUUAUUCCCAGUGGCACCAAGAUCCAAAUUUGGGAAAGUGCAUUGCGCUCUGAUCCAAAAACACCCAGGAGUAACUGUCAACAAAAAACAUUGCUGUAAAAAUAGAAUUAUUCUCAGUGGCACCAAGAUCCAUAUUUGGGAAAAGUGCAUUGUGCUCUGAUCCAAAAACACCCAGGAGUAACUGUCAACAAAAAACAUUGCUGUAAAAAUGAGAGCAUAGCUGGUGGAAAACGGGCUAACUGUUGAAAACUCUGUCAAAAGUCAUAUUUAGAAGUUUUCAAAAAUCUUGGAAAACUCACCAUCCAUGGAUGAGAUUAUGAUAUGAUGCUAUGUAAAAUUUCAAGUCGAAAGUCCACACCAUUUGGGAGAUACAAAAAUGAUAAUUUGUAUGUGUAUAUGUAUCUGAUAUUUGUGAUUUUUGUAUCUCACAAAUGAGUUGGAGUUCGGUACUCAAAUUGUGUGAUGUGGUAGCAUGUCAUCGACUAUGGAUUGUUUUUUCUUCCAGAAUUUUUGAAAACUUGUACAUCUGACUCUUGAUGGAG